GAACCGCGGCUACAGCGGACUGUGCUUUUAUGCCGUCGGUCCUAUACUACAAACUGUGGAUUAUUCUUUGGAUUUAUAUGCCCAUUUACACUUUUCAUUAACGUUGAACCAAGAAAAAUCAUAUCGGUGGAUCUCAUUUUGUCAUCAAGAAAAAAAAAAAAAAAACAGGAAACUUGAAGGAAUUUAUCACAAGCAAAGACCUGGAUUGCCUUCUUAAUGCAACUAGUUUGGUGGGGAACCGACAGCAUCGCUCCGGAUUACAUUAAGAACACAAGUGCAGGUGACAUCACCGCAGGUGUCUCCUUGUCUCUCGGCUCUGCCGGGGAGAUGUUCCAAGGAUUCCCCGGCGACCUCGAUUCUGGCUCCCGUGAUAGCUCGUCUCCGUCUAUCGAGUCACAGUAUCUGUCCUCCGUGGACUCCUUUGGGAGCCCACCUACCACCAGUGCACCACAAGAGUGUGUGUCUGCUUCUGGUGGGGCAGGGGUGGGAGGUGGGGUUUGUGCCAGUGGAGAAGGAGUGGAGAUGCCAGGCUCCUUCGUGCCCACAGUGACGGCCAUCACGACCAGCCAGGACCUGCAGUGGAUGGUGCAGCCCACCCUCAGCUCCACCGCGGCCGGUCAGAGCGCUGCCGGGACGUCCGCCAUGGCGCAGCCGGUCCCGCUGGACCCCUACGACCUGCCAGGACCCAGCUACUCCUCGGGUCCCGGGUUCACGCCGCCCAGCACUGAUACCCCAGGGCCCGCUCGUCAGUCCCGAACCCGCAGCCGACGUACACGAGAUGAGACUCUGACCCCAGAAGAGGAAGAAAAGAGGCGUGUUCGCAGGGAGAGAAACAAGCUGGCAGCUGCCAAAUGCCGAAACCGCCGUCGUGAGCUCACCGACAGGCUGCAGUCGGAGACAGACAUCCUGGAGGAGGAGAAAGCAGAGCUGGAGGCGGAGAUCUCGGAGCUGCAGAAGGAGAAGGAGCGUCUGGAGUUUGUCCUGGUCGCCCACCAGCCCAGCUGCAAGAUCCCCUACCACGAGGAGCAGGCGCCUGCGCAGCUGCCCCAGCCUGCGCAGCCCUCGCAGCUGCAGCAGCCGUCUGCGUCGUCGGUGGGCCUAACUGUGAAGGAGGACACUUUCUACCUGCCCCCCGCCUACACACCCCACCCCUCCGCGCAGCCGCCGCAGCCCGUGCAGCCGCAGCCAGGCCAGCCGCAGACGCAGCAGCAGCCUGGGAUGAUGCAGGAGGUAGCCUUUUCUAGUUCUUUCUAUGCGCAGAGUGAGCCGGCACUGGGUGGCCCGUGCCUGGCGGUCGGCACUUGCAGUCAUGACAUCGGCAGCUGCAACCCCUCAUACACAUCUUCAUUUGUGUUCACCUACCCAGAGGGAUCCUGCGGGGUCAAGGCACACCAGCGGAACAGCAGCAGCGAUCAAUCCUCUGACUCCCUGAACUCCCCCUCUUUGCUCGCGCUCUGAGAGCCACACACGCAGACAUGCGCAGACACACGCAGCCAUGCGCAGCCAUGCGCAGCCAUGCGCAGACACACGCAGACACGGUAGGGAGGCCACACAUGCGCACACAAAGGACCCACACAGGUAGACAUACAAAAGAGGCAUAUCUAGACAUGCACAGACACAGGUAGCUAGGCCCUCCGCAUAAAAAAGUUACACAUAGACUUAUGUGUUGUUCAAUGCAUGCAUAUACACAUAUACCACUAAUCUCUCCAAACAGUGCUACAUUUUUUAUUUGGCUCCAACUAAAUCACUUAAUAUUAAAGACAAGGAGUUAGCUUUCAACAAAUUGACCUCACAGUCUCACUCACCUGUCUAUGGGUGUUAUAUGUGACAUCUGUGAUACUGAACAAAUUGCCAAGCUCGGUAACAGAUGAAUCUAGAAUUUCAUCUAUAGAAGUCAUGUUGGAUCUUCAGGUUCCAACACCUGUGCUGGAGACACCUCAAACACACAUACAUGUAUAUCCAUAGACACACGCACAUAGGAACACACAUAAGUACGCAGUCAUACAAACACAGUUAGUUUACCCCCAGCCUCCUAUUUUCACCCCCUCUCUCCCACCCUCCCUUUUCUCCUGCUGUUCCUGGUCUUAUUGUGGCUUUUCACUUUGUCCUGCUACUUUCUUCGCCAUAAUGACUGCCUUCAGAAUGUAUUUGUUUAAAGGGAGUAGGAAAAAAAGGACUUCCUUUGGCCCGCCAGCUGACCCACCCCUCACUCCACCCAAACCCAUUUGCCCCACACGCUCUUGCUUCUUCUCCAUUCGCUGGGACUUGGACAAGGGGAGUCACUCUGCACCGUCUCUCUUGCUCCCUCUCUCCCUCUCUAUCCAUCCAUCUCUCCAUCUCUGUUUCUCCUCUCUCUCCUCUCUCUCUGUGUCUCUCCCUCUCUGAAGCCCCCAGCCCCUGAGAGCCCACUGGGCCCCUCCAGCUCCUGGGACCUCGACUGAGAACCAGACACGCCCCCAGGCCCCGCCCUGCCCCAGAGGGACUGCGGAGUAUAACUCAGAUCUAGAAAUUUCGCAAAAAAAGUGGCAGAACAAAAUAUGAAGCAAAAGCAGAAGGGAUGCAACCUUCAUUUGUUCCCUUGAUGGCUUUGUUGGAUGUAUAAACAAACAAACUAAUAAAGAGAUCUGUGUGCUGGAAUGUGACCCGCUAAACUGAGGGAGACAGCCAAUCAGGAACACAAAAGAAGAGACAGAGUUUGAGAUGGAGGAGGAUAGUAGAUGUGGCCCAGAGACUGACGACAGGAGAAUGGGCGGGCCCUCUGGAUUCAGUAUGGGAAAUGCAAAAAAAAAAAAAAACACGCAAUAGCUAGCUGUUUACCUGACACCUGCUGCCUCCUCAUGUGUACUUACAGCACUGCAAGCCUUCCUCUAUGCCCCCACCUCCACACUCACUGUGGCCACCGUCCACUAGUUUCUGAUUGUUUCGUACCACGUAAUUCCCUUUCGUUUUACGAUGAGUAUUUUAUUGUCACUUUGUUGUUGGCUUUGUGUUUUUGUAUUGUUUUGUGUCAACUUUGACAGACGCAGUGCCAAAAAAUUGUUUAUAUGGUGGGGAAAGGAAUGGGAGGGACAUGUAAAAGACAAUACUGGCCUCUGUCCCUCCUCAUACAUCAUGGACGAUACUCCUGUUUUUGUAAUUGCCUUUUUAGUGGGAAUUACUUUUCUUUAUGGGGUUAUUUGGACUUGAAAAAACAGCCUCUUAAUAGACGGGAACAUGGCCUCAGUACUCCCCGCAUGUUCUCCUCAAGCAGGCUACUCUGAUGUCCUGGAUAAAGGUGCCAAUUGAGAGUGCAUGCUUUGAUUUUUAGGGGGGGCUGUAGGCCUCAAUCCCUUUUUAUUUCUUUCUGAGGCUGCUAAGUUGUCAGAGGGGACAGAUAGCCAUGGGGAGAAGAAGAGAAGGGGUCCAAGAUAUGUAUUUUUGUGUAUUUUUUCAUACUCCUGUGAAUUUUUUUUAUGUUUGAGUUGAUGGGAGAAAAAACUUGGUGUGCCCUUUACUCUAGCCUGUAGUGAUAUUGUCAUUCAAAUGGACACGAUGGGACCUGAAGCUUUACAUGUUGUUGUUACUGCUAUUAUCUUAUAUUGUAACUAUUACUAUUAUUGUCUUUAUGAUCAUUUCAUUGUUAAUAUAACUUUGGCAACUUGAGAGGCACGUAUUGCACUAUUAACAUUUUUUAUAUGGAGAAAGGUAUGAGGCAUAAAAA